GUGCCUCUCUCUCUCUCCUCUUCCUCCGCCUCUCUCUCUCUCUAUGCUCUCUGCAUUUGCAUAUGGCGACUCGCUCUUCAUUUUAAUGGCGUGAGCGUGAACAGUAACAGACCCAACAAACCCACCAAUAUCUCGAAAUCCAUCUCUUCUCUCUCUCUCUCUACUCUCACUCUUCUCAAUCUUCGUCCCCAAAACCCCAAAACCAAAUCAAAUUCGCAUGCCAAAUACAACCGCAAUUUCUUCACUACUCUACUGUACCUUGUGCGCUGAUUUUAAUCUCCAAUUGAUAUUCAUUCUUUAGCAUCCCUAGUUUGAUUUUCUGAUUUGGGUUUUCUGAUUUUGGAUUGCGUUUUUCCAUUUCUAUCUAUAUUAUCUCUGUAUCUCUUAUCUGUCUAUAUAUUGGUGUUUUUGUGAUGUUUAAAGCUAAAAAAGGUGAGGAAGAAGAGAGGGUUGUAGAGAACAUGAGGGGUGAUGGAGAGCUUGACAUGUUGUUGAAUGAGAUCCUUCAUAUUACAUCUCCUGAUCACCAUCUUCAUCAUCAAAAUAAUAAUCACUUGGUUUCACCAAUUAGUUCAAGUUCUUUUUCUGGUGGGUCUUCUUCUUCUGAGGAUGGUUUUUCACCAUCUAUGGCUCAAAUGGACCACAAGAUGUUUCGAUCACCGAGUACUCAUUACUUGGAUUCUCUUGUUGUGAAGAACUCCAAUGAACAUGUCUUAGAUGAGCCUGCUUUCUGUGAUAAUCUUCGUAGAUUGAAUGUUGGUGAGGCACGUAAGGAUUAUUCCAAGGUUAGGCGAUUCCCAAUAGAUCCAUAUGGGUUUGGGUUUGGGUUUGGGUUUGGUGGAUGCAAUUUAGAUGGGCCUAGUCCUUGCAAUUUUGAAAAUUAUAGAACAUUUGAUGGUUUUAACAGUGAUAUUCAUGGCUAUGGAGGUUUUCAGUCUUCAAUUCCUGGAAAUUCUGUGAGUUCUGAUGAUGAUACGAAGGCAAAAAUACUUGGAUUGUGUCAGGGAUACAAUGCAGGUAAUUUGAUGGGUUCUCAUCUUACUCACAAUCACUCCAAUGCUUUGUAUUCUGAACACAAUUGCUACAAAGGCAAGAUAGAUUAUGUUAUGGACCAAAGAAACCAGCAGCGAAGAUUAUCUUGUAAUGGUGGACUUCAGUUACAUAACCCAUCUAUGAAUUUGCCUAAUCUGAAUGAUGAAUUGUCUUGCUCGCGGAAACUUGGGAUGGGUUUUUAUAGAGACAGGAGUCCCUUGAAUCCAGUGAAUUCCUCUCAAUUGGUGUAUCCUAAUCUUGUUCCAAUAUGUAAUAAUAAUUUAGUGUUAAAAGAGAAGACUAGAGCAAUCCCAAAUGGCAGUGUCCCUCCAUCUCUUUUGUCAAUAACAGAUGCAGGGGAUGUUGAAGCUUUUAGUUGUGAGGAUAGCUUCAUUAUUCAAGGAAAGAGUUUGAAACAUGUUGUUGACAAAGGGUGUAAUCGUUCUAAAGGUCAGAAGAAGAAGUCCAGCAAUGAAAUUGCAAUGCAUAAUCGGCGAGAGAAAAGACAAGAGCUACAUGGUCAAUCGCAAUUGAAAGGAAUUUGUAAGAAUAGUCCGGGCCCAAGGAGUUAUAGUCCAUUGCUUUUGCAGCCAACAUUUAGUUCACUAGCUCAGAUACAGGGUUGUAUGUACUUUAUGGCCAAGGAUCAGCAUGGUUGUCGGUUUUUACAAAAGAUAUUUGAUGAGGGAACCAGUCAAGAUGUUCAAAUAAUAUUUAAUGAAAUCAUCAAUCAUGUCGUUGAACUCAUGAUGAAUUCAUUUGGAAAUUACCUUAUGCAGAAAUUGUUAGAAGUCUGCAGUGAAGAACAGAGAAUGCAUAUUGUGCUCAUGGUGACUGAAGGACAUGGAGACCUUAUCAGAGUUUCUUUGAACGCACACGGCACUCGCGUGGUGCAGAAGUUGAUUGAAACUCUCAAAACCAGACAGCAGGUUUUGUUAGUUGUGCAAGCUCUUGAACCAGGUUUUCUUGAUCUUAUUAAGGAUUUGAAUGGAAAUCAUGUCAUACAACGUUGCUUACAAUGCCUUAGGAAGGAAGAUAAUAAGUUUAUUUUUGACGCUGCUGCAAAGUUCUGUGUUAAUAUUGCAACUCAUCAACAUGGAUGUUGUGUUUUGAACCGAUGCAUUGAUAAGUCAGAGGGGAAAUAUCAAGAAAAGUUAGUUGCAGAAAUUGCUGCUCAUGCUCUUAUCCUUGCUCAAGAUGCUUUUGGAAAUUAUGUUGUCCAAUAUAUUAUAGAGUUUAAGACCCAUUCAGCUGCUGCCAGCUUGAUUUCUCAGUUUGAAGGCCACUACGUUUACCUGUCCAUGCAAAAAUUCAGCAGCCAUGUGGUUGAAAAAUGCUUAAAGUUCUUUGAAGAGAGCCGCCCAAGAAUUAUCCAUGAAUUGCUUUCAGUGCCUCACUUUGAACAGUUGCUGCAAGACCCUUUUGCCAAUUAUGUCAUUCAGUCUGCACUUGAACAUACUAAGGGUUCUCUCCAUGCUUCAUUGGUCGAAGCAGUUCGGCCUCACACCUUCCUUCGAACCAGUCCAUAUUGCAAGAAAAUUUUCUCGCGCAACCUCUUGAAGAAGUGAUUUUGAUCUUCCUGUGGCGAGAAAGUGUUGUUGUUUUCCCAGAAGUACUGCCAUGUUCACUAAUAAUAACUACCCUCAUCUUUCUUAGGGCUGCCAGUUGUAGAUUAUCUAACAGUCAGAAUUUUGUGCUGCUCUCUACCAAGAAUGAGUGUAAAAAAAAAGAGCAAGUUUUGCUACCCAUCUUGUUGAAUUGUGGAUAUGAGUUGUAAUAUUUUGUUGUUUUGUUGAUCUAAUACUCUGAAUGUACCAGAUUGCAAAGGAUCGCGAUGAAUUUUUGCUUCCACUUGUCUAAAUGCAAUGCAAUGCACUGCCUGGAUUUUUUUAUGGACUA